AAGCUACCAUCUUUCUUGCUGCCAUCGAUCGAUCUACAACAACCCUACUUGCAAAUCUCGUGUCGAACCUUGUUUCUUUCAAUAUAGAGAAUUUUACAGAUAAGUAUACAACAUGUUUAUUGCGCGCUCAGAAUACGACCGCGGUAUCAACACCUUCUCUCCUGAAGGUCGUUUGUUCCAGGUCGAAUACUCCUUAGAAGCUAUCAAGCUUGGUUCAACUGCCAUCGGAGUAGCAACGUCAGAAGGUGUAGUCCUCGGUGUCGAAAAACGAGUCACCUCCAGCCUCCUCGAAACCUCCUCCGUCGAAAAGAUUGUCGAAAUCGACCAACAUAUUGGCUGUGCCAUGUCCGGUCUACAAGCCGAUGCGCGGUCGAUGAUUGAACAUGCCCGCGUCGAAUGUCAGAAUCAUGCAUUCCAUUUCGCAGAAUCGCUUCGCGUCGAGAGUUGUACACAGGCUAUUUGUGAUUUGGCGUUGAGGUUUGGUGAAGGUGCGGAGGGGGAGGAGAGUGUUAUGAGUCGGCCAUUUGGAGUUGCGCUUUUGAUUGCUGGUUAUGAUGAGGAUGGGCCGCAGCUAUAUCACGCUGAGCCAUCAGGAACGUUUUACCGAUACGACGCGAAAGCCAUCGGCUCUGGAAGCGAAGGAGCCCAGGCAGAAUUGCAAAAUGAGUAUCAUCGAUCCCUCACCCUCGCCGAAGCGGAGACCCUUGUUCUCAAGACAUUGAAACAAGUCAUGGAGGAGAAACUAGAUGCCAAGAAUGUUCAGUUGGCUAGCGUUACGAAAGAAAAGGGUUUCCGGAUCUACGAUGAGGAGGAAAUGGGUCGAGCUGUUGGGCAAUUGGGUGGAAAUUAGAAUCUUUUUGUCUCCCUAAUACAAUUGUCGUCUCGGUUGUUCGAAAAUAUGAUGUAGCCAUGAGAAUAUUUUUACAUCGUGGAAAAGACAGUCUUAUGAACGAUCUUGUAAGAUUUCC